UUGUGAAGAACCGAGCUUUGCAGUUCGUGGCUGCCGCUACAGCUACGGCUGCCGUCCCUUCUCACCCGCAGGAUGCUACUGCUGGCGUUGGGCGGCCCGCGUGCGGCCGCGCUGCGGCCCUGGGGGAGGAGGACCUCAUUGUGGGCGGCCGCCGCGCGCCAAGGCCCCAGGGUGGCGGCGUCGCGGGCAGCCUCCUGCAGCAGGCCCUUGAGGCUGGUGGGUGGCGUGAGCGCUGGGCUGCGAGACGCUGCGGCCCUUCUCCGGCGUCCUGAGCGAUCGCAGAUGCCUAUUUGUUGGCAAGGAUGUGUUCGAUGUAUACAGACACAACUUGAUAAGUCAGAAGAUGGAAGGCUGAUUUAUGCUGGGAAUCUGGCCCGUGCAGUAUUCGGUGUGAAAUGUUUCUCUUAUUCUACAAGUAUGAUCAGCCUUGCCUUUCUACCAUAUAUUUUUGCACAAAAUAAUAUUAUAUUUGGAAGUCUGCCCUUGCAAGUCUUAUUUUAUGGCAUCAUGGGAAGCUUCACAGUGAUCACUCCAGCAUUGCUUCACUUUCUUACAAAAGGCUAUGUCAUUCGAUUGUACCAUGAGGCCACAACAGACACUUACAAAGCCAUUACUUACAACGUUUUGCUUUCGGAAACAAGUACAGUGUUUCACCAGAAUGAUGUGAAGAUUCCAGACAGCACACAUAUGUUUACCACAUUUUAUGCUAAAACAAAAUCACUGUUGGUUAAUCCAGUUCUCUUUCCAAACCCAGAAGACUAUAACCAUCUCAUGGGUUAUGACAAACCAUUCACUUUUGAUAUAGAAGAAACCGGUGAAAAGAACUAGCAUGAAGAUGAGAAAUGAGCCUGUUGUUUUUAUGUUUAUGCUUAAAUGUGAUUUAUGUUUCAAUGUAUAGUAAGAUUGCCUUUAGUUUUUUAUUUAGUGAUUUUAAAAAUAAUUUUAACA